UAAUUUAAAUUAUAUAAAUAAUACAAAACGGCAAAUUCUCAAAAGUUCAUGUUACGCACGCUUCCGGUCUCUCUGUCUCUACCGUUUAAUUUUCUCUGUCUCCCCUCUCUCUCUCUGUCUGUCUGUCUCUCCCGCCAUGGCAAUGACGACCGUGAAGCUGCUCCACACAAAUCAUAUAGACAUUCAUAUCCAUAAGGUUUGAUAACAUUUUGGUAGCCUGGAUUGAGUUUUUUAAAGAUCACAGCUCAAGCAAUGGGGAAGAACUUGCGUCAGAAAGUGACAUGCUCCCCAAUCCAAAACCAUCCUGGAUUCAUGUGGGGACUCUUUGACAUUCUUAAGCACAACCAUUGGCGUUACAUCAAGAAACGUCUUCCUCACAAAAGACCCAUCGGUGGUAGACGAAGUGCUUCUGCUGGAACAAAAAGCGAAGUAAAUAACACAGUUACAUCACCAGAUACUAUUCCCGUUUCUAAGAGCAAGGUUGAAGAUAAAACAAAUGCAGACUCUGGGAAAAGACCCAAGAAGCCUAGUUCUUCUGCAGUAAAGUCCAAAGAUUCUUCUAACUCAGGGGAGAAGCCAAAAAGGAAUCCUAGUUCAGAAGACAAGUCCAAGAAUCUCAACUCAGAAGAGAAGCGGAGAAGGACACAUUCAGAGAUCAAAAAGUCUGUCAAGGCUUUGAUCAAGGCACUUGUAAUAGAAGACAAGUCCAAGAGGAAAGGCCGUCACCACAGAAGCUCCACUUACCCUGUCCAAUCAAACCCAAAGGACAAGGAGUCAUUGAGUGAAGUAAGAGAAUCUUCUGACAAGGAUUCCUCAGACAAGAAGAUUGCCAUUUCACCCUCCACUGGUUCACUGAACCCUCUUUACCUCAUGUCAGAGGAAUCAAGCUACAGCGACAGCGAAGACUUUAAGUCAGAGAAAACCCCAGCUGAUGAAAGUGAUCAUUUCAAGAAGAAGAAGGAGGAAGCUCGGUCUGAUCCAAAGUUGAAAGAGGAUUAUGAUACAUCAUCAUCGCCUAGACAGACAAAAGCAUGUCUUGAUGCUCUCAACCUGAUACACAUGAACAGAAACUUCUUAUUAAAAGUCUUGCAGGAUCCUGGUUCACCACUAGCCAGGCAUUUCCAGAGAGAACAAGCUUUUAGCUCCAAAACCAUGACUAGAUCAGGAUCCUUUCCUACUCAUGAACAUAGUAAUGUAGCACCAACAUCUCCUUCCAUAGCUGUAGAACUCAAAGCAGUGGAGAAACUUGCGGAUGAAGAUUCAUCUGGUUACACGAGGAAGAGAGGAAAGAACCACCAAGUGGUGAUCAAGCGUUUCAAGGAUCUAAGACAGAAGAUAAAGCAUGUCAUCAACGAGAACAAGAGCGAGAAGCACCGUAUCACUAUGGAUGCUGUCUUAGACAAAGUACCUCGAAAGUACGGUUUUUCCAAAGAUUUGAGACAGGACGUCUUGUCUCACUGUUCUGCUACUAAGAAGGAAGGAUCAAAACCGAGGCAGAUAAGAAGGACAUCGUCUCUGUGUGGAUCGGUUGAUAGAUAUCUUCAGCUGUAUGAAAAGAGCUUUCAAAAGAACAAUGCUACUUCAGAGAAAUCGAAGGUGGAGGAGUCUGAGGAACCAGCAUUGUCUUGUAAGAUAGUUCCUAAGAUCUUGGGAAGGAUUCUUUCAUUACCUGGAACUAAAUCUCCUUAUGCUUUGAAGACUGAGGACGUUCCUGACCUAUUCACAACUUCAAGUAUAUCAAUGGAGCAAGAACAAGAACAAGAUGGUCUGGACGACAUUUCAGAGAUCUCAGAAGAUCAGUCUUCAGAACACGAAAUGCCAGAGACAGAACAAGACAGAGAAGUCUCUAGGCUUGAUGUUGAAACUGAAACAAAAUCUUUGUAUGAACCAUCAGUAGACUGUCUAAUUUUUGAUGAUAAUGCAUCUGAAUCUCACAUCCCACGAGAUUUAAAGGUAGGGCACGAUCCGGAUACAGAGACUUGUGAAACAAGAAAACAGUUAGAGAGCAUAACAGCAGAAGCCAUAGACGAAUACCUUCAGAUAGAAGCACAAGAUAAAGGGAAGUUCAACUAUGUAAGAGACAUUCUCGAGAUCUCUGGUUUCAACGCACCUGAAUCUCUCUCAAUGUGGCAAUCAGAUUACCAGCCGCUAGAUCCAUUAGUCUACGAAGAAAUGACCACAACAGCAACAAUAGGAUGUAUGAUCCAAGAUCCAGAAUGUUCAAGAAACGAUUAUGGUGAAGAAGAAGAAAGCAACUGCAACCACUUGCUUCUCUUUGAUUUAAUCAAUGAGGUACUAAUCGAAAUCUACGAAAGGUCUUACCAUUACUGUCCCAAGCCAUUGUCAAAUUUAUGUAGAAUCCAUCCAAUGCCGGUGGGGUAUAGUGUUUUGAAAGAUGUUUGGGUUAGAAUAAACUUUUACUUGCGUUACAAGCCACACGAUGAGCAAUCUUUUGAUGAGAUUAUGAGUAGGGAUUUGAGGAGAGAUGAUGGGUGGAUGGAUUUGCAGUUUGAGAGUGAGUGCGUUGGGAUAGAAGUUGAGGAUUUGAUCUUUGAGGAGCUUCUUGAGGAACUGCUUGGAUCCUGUUAAGAACUUGAAUCAUUUCUUUGGGUUGUUGUUGUUGAUGUUCUGUUGCUUGGAGUUUAAGAUACGUAAAAGAGAAAACAUGGUGUUUAUUCGUAAUUUUUAUAAUGCGGAAUCAAAUUAAUGUA